CCCCGUUGUACUAGCAAGAUGAUGCAGGUCCAGCGCAACGACUUAGACGACCUCCUCAAGCAGGGCCUGGGGUCGCCCGAGAUAUGGCACAACCUCAGCGAGGAGCUCCAAGGUGUCAAGAUCCUCGAACACCCGCGCGUGCAAAAGAAGGUGCUCGUGAAAGCCAUCCGGAUGCAGACCCUGGCCAUGCGCUGCAUGUCGGGCGAGUUUGACCGGCUCCGCGACCGCAUCGACGUCGUCGAGAAGGAGGCGCGUCAAAGCCAGAAGCAGAUUGAGAAGGCAAAUGCCAAGGCGCACGCGCUCGAGGCCCUCGUCGAGGCCCAAAAGCUCCGCGUCGGCGAGCUCGAAGGCAAGAUUGUCCAGCAAGCCAAGCGCAUUGAUCUACUGCAGGGCCUCGACAGUCAGAUCAAGGUGGUCCGCGACGAGGUCCGCGUCGUGGACUUGGCCGUCGAGAGCCAAAAGGCGGUGCUGACACAAUUCGUCGCCAAGGUCGAGAACGACGUGUCAAGUGUCAAGCUCGAGAUCGUUGCCGCGAAAGAAAGCCUUGUGCAACUCGAAGAGAAGGUCAACGAAGAGGAGGAAGAGGUCGUCUUGACGACGGACGUGGUCAUGUACAACAACCGGCCGCUCACGCACUGGUUCGAACUCUACCACGAAGACAACAAGCGCCGAGAAGACAUUUUGCGGGACACGAGCGACAAGUUUGCUCGCCAGAGCAAGGGCAUCCAAGACAUGAUGUUUGAGGCGCGCAAGUCGCUCGACGACAACACAAGUGCGGUCGAGGAAGUGCAGCGGGCACUCUUGGAGAAGGCCGACCGCGUUAAAGUCGACCUCAUCAUCGAAAGUAAGUACGAAGAGAUCAUCGAGCAGCUGCAAAAGGCCAUGUCGGCCAUCAACGAGGACGAGGACGAGUUCAAGCGCAACUGCCGCGACUUGCAGGACCUCGUACAAAACCUCUCGGCGAGCAAAGCCGACAAAAAAGAUUUACUUGAAGUCAAGGAGCAAGUGCUGUAUGACUCGCGCGUGCGCCAACAAGUCGAGAACCUCCGCGCGUUCAUCGAUCUCAAGAUGAACAAGGAAGACGUCUUCUCGGCACUGAAAUCCAAAGCCGACCGUGACGAAAUGCAACUCUUGCUCAAGACGCUCUCCGACAGUAUGUUUGUCGCCGUCACCAAGGCCAGCGCCAUGGGCCAAGAGCCCGACGCCGCGAUGCUUACAAAACACUCGAUCCACCGGCGGUCGGGGCCGCUGCCGAGCUUGGAGAAGGAGCGCUGCUUGGCGUGCAACUCAGUGCUGGCUGCACCAAACUAUGGCGGCGGCUUUCAGGGCCACGCGCCGGGCUACGAGAAGCCCCAAAAGCUUCUGCCCAAACAACCACUUCCGAGCUUAAACUACGACAGCUAUCUUGUUGGCAUGGACGGCCACGUCUACCAAGGCGACGUCGAUAAGGCCCCCACAAGUGCGACCAAGUUCCAAUCCAACCAGCACCUAUCGACCAAGCGAUCCGAGGUCGAGGCACGACCGCGGUCCAGCCAUGGCUGCUGAGCAGCACCAUGUCGCCGUUACCAAGCCUUUCGUCUUAUAGACAGCGUAGACCCUCCUCCAAGCAUGAGGUCUCCCACUUUUAUGUACAAACGCCGUUUAAAUGCAACCAAACCCAC